GCUGAGUAGUAUUUCAUUUUAUGGAUAUACUACAAUUCAUUUAUUCAUUCAUAUGUUGCUGGACUUUUGGGAAGAAUCCGCCAAAAUGUUUUCCGAGGUGGUUAUACCAUUUUAUACUCCCACCAGCUGUGUAUGAGAGUUCCACUUGCACCACAUCUUGGCCAGCACUUGGUAUGGUCAGUCUUUUUCAUUUUGGCUAUCCUGAUAGGUGUGUAGUGGUAUCUCACGGUGGUUUUAAUUUGCAUUUUCCUAAUAAUGUUGAGCCCAUCUUGAACUUCAGGUGUUCAUUUGCCAUGCAUAUCUCUUCUUUGGUGAAAGAUUUGAAUAGCUAUUUGAAUCAUUUGGCCAUUUUUUUCCCUUGCAUUCCUUGUCUAAUUAUUGAGUUGAAAGAGAUUAUUCUAGAUACAAGUCCUUUUUUAGAUACAGGAUUUAUAUGUUUUCUCCUGGUCUCUGGCUUGCUUGCCUUUUCAUUUUUAUGACAGUCAUCUUUUGAAGAGCAAAGAUUUUCAAUUUUGAUGAAAUCCAAUUAAUGUUUUCUGUAUAGUUUGUACUUUUUGUGUCAUAUUUUUGAAGUCUUUGCCAAACCCAAGGUCACUAAGAUCUUCCCCCUGUAUUUUCUUGUAGAUGUUUUAUGGUUUUAGCUCGUAUAUUUAGGUUCACGAUCUGCUUUGUGUUCAUGUUUGUAUCUUGUGGGGUAGAGGGCAAGGGAUUUUUGUUUUGUUUUGUUGUUGUCUUUUGCAUGUCACUGUCCAAUUGUGCCAGCACUCUUUGUUGUAGGAUGGUUUGUUCCCUGUUGAAUUGCCUUAGCACCUUUGUUAAGGGUCAGCUGACCAUGUAUGUGUGGGACUGCUAAGGGACCCUAUUCUGUUCCGUUCAUCUAUUUGUCUGUCCUUGCCCCAAUACCACACUGUCUUGAUUAUAUAACGUCUUAAACUCAGAUAAUGUGUGUCUUCCGAUUUUCUUUUUUCAGUUUGCUGGCUAUUCCAGGACCUUUGUGUUUCCAUAUAAAUUUUAGAAUCAGCUUGUCGAUUUCUCCAAACACUGCUGGAAUUUUGAUUGGGAUUGCAUUGAGUCUGUAGGUCAGUUUGGGGGACAAGUUACAUCUUAACAAUGUUGACUCUUCUAACCCAUUAACUUGGUGUCUCUCUCCAUUAAUUGAUGCCUCUUUUAAUUUCUCUCAGCCAUGUUUUCUACUUUUCAGUGUUGAGCUCUUACGUGUCUUUUGUCAAAUUUAUCCCUCAGUACUUUGUAGUUUUUAGUUGCUGUUGUAAAGGGAAUUGGUUUUUUAAAUUUGUUUCUGAAUGUUUGUUGCUUGCAUGUAGAAAUACAGUAGAAUUUUAUAUUGAACUUGUAUCCUGCAACCUUGCUAAAUUCACUUAUUUUAGUAGCUUUUGUCUAGAUUCUGUCAGAUUUUCCAUAUAUUCUGUUGUUUGUGAAUAAAGGCAGUUUUACUUCCUCUUUUCCAAUCUGAAUCUUUUCUCUUUUUUCUGUUUUCCUUGCUCUGUUGCACUGGCUGGACCCUCCUGUACAAAGCUGAAUAGAAGUGGUGAGCGCACAUCCUUGUCUCGUACCUUUUCUUAGGGGAAAAAGAUUUCAGCUAUUCACCAUCAAGUAUGAUGUUAGCUUUGGGUAGUGUAUUGAAGCACUUUAUCAAGCCAAGAAAGUUCUCUUCUAUUCCUAGUGUGCUGAGAGUUUUUAUCAGGAAUGGAUGUCCAAUUUUGUCAAAUCUUUUUUCUGCGUCUAUUGGAAUGAUCAUAAGACUUUCAUUUUUGGCCUCUUAACAUGGAAAAUUACAUUGAUUUUUGAAUGUUACUGCCUCCCCCACUUCAGUUUCUAGUCUCCCUUUCUUUGCUUUACUUCUUUCCUAGUGUAGGCAUGCAGACUUUUCUUAUCCUAAUCAUUCCAUUGCCCGCCCUCAAACCAGCUGUCUGUUUCUGCCUUUGUCACCAGUGUGACUGGCUAAUGGCCUCUUGCAUGGAGGCAGGUAUGGACUGACUGCACAGGAUCAGCAGGUCAGGUUAGUAAUGAACCUGUGGCCAGGUGUUUAACGGGCACCCUGACUUCCUAGUUGGGAGAGUGGCAUAAUACCUACUUUGGAGGUCUGUGGUCUGAAAAGAGACCACGGUGUGGUAGGAUACAGAUGCCUAGGCAGUGGCUGCUGCCUGCCUGCCUCUCUCCAAUAACUUUAGAGCUUGCUCCUUCCUGGGGACACUGAGCUACUGAGUGCUCCUUCCCUGGAACCUUGAGAGCCCCUUGUCCUCCCCAGACUGAACCCUGCUUGGGGCAGGAGCAUGUGGACACAUUUCUCUGUGAGCUGUGAAGCAUGGUGCUCCCCGCGGGUCUCACAGGUCACUGGGGCUCAUUUGCAGUGGUUCUUAGACCUUGUUCUGUGGGACCCUCAGAGUCUGUGCCACUGUGGGGGAGUGAUAGCCUGACUCACCAACACCUCUUCCUCCUCCUCCACAACCCCAGCAGCUCUGGCGUCUGUUUGUAGGAUAGGAUUGACUAUAAGAUUACUUUUUAUUAAAUUACAACAUGUAUCUAGAAGGGUGCACAAGUCAUAAGUUUUACAUUUCAGUGAUUGUUUGUAAAGUGAACAUACCCAAGUCACCCCCGCCCGGGUCAAGGAAUAGAACGUUUCCCCAGAAGCCACUCAUGCUCCCUCUCCUAGUCACUUCCCACCCCCAGCUAACUUCUGUGACUUCUGUUACCAGCGAGAAGUCCUGCCUGCUUUUGAGUUUUCAGCCCGUUGCAGAGUGUGUCCUUUUGUACCUGGUUUUUCUCUGGACACUCUUUGGAGAUUUACCUUUGCUGUUGUGUGUAGCAGGAGUUCAUUCACUGACCUUGACUGGAUAGACAUGAUUUAGUGAUCCCUUGGACUGUUGAUGGGUAUGCGGCUGGUUUUCACGAAGGCUGUUUUAGCUACCCUGAGUGUUCUCCAUGCACACAUGCUCACGCUUCUCUUCUGUUCUCCGUGUACCCCAGGGUGGAAUUGCUGGGUCGACGGGUAUGGGUGUCCAUCCUUAGGUGAUGUUUGACACAGACUCACCUUCCUGUUCUGUGGGUGACAGUGUCCUUGGUUCUCUCCAUGGUGGCCCCUGUUGCAGGAAUGUCUGCUGAGAAAGUCCCUGUGUCCCCUGUCACUCCUCUAGCUCCACACAGAGCCCAGGAGUAUGUGGAGGGAGGGGCAGCCUUGGACCUGACCUCGCCCCAAGUGUAGUCUGCUGACAGGCUCCAUGGUGACCCUCCUUCCGGAGUGCUUACUGUGUGCCAGGCACUGUCCUGGGUGUCUCUGUCUGUCUCUUGUCUCCCAGGAGUCUGGGAGGAAGCUUCUGUCAUCCUCCCACAUUAGUGACUGAGGGCUCAGCUGAGUGGGCUGGGUGGGUAGGCUCAGAGCUGCCCACUGACCUCCAGCUGUACAGUCUUCUCUGGCACUUUGCCCUGGAGCACUUGUUCAGGAGUUCAUGCAGCUAACGUGGGCUGAGGCAGUGUCCUGGCUGAUGGCUGCUGUGCAUGUGGGACAGGCUUACCCGACCCUUACUUACCUUUAGGGCCUGGUGAGUUUGAGGAUAAGAGCUCCUCCAUGCUUACCCUGAGACUUGCCAAAUGACUUCACCAGAGUGGCCGCCACCCGGGUUUGGGUAGUUCCUGUUACUCUUUUCCUGUCCACUCAGCUCAGAACAGACGUGGUGACCCCAUGGGGAGUGCCCGGGAAAGUGGGGGCCACCGGGGCGCCCUGGUCAUCGUUUGUGGGUGUGGUCACUUUUACCAUCAUCGCUCAGCAAUCUCAGGUUCUGGGGCCACUUCUGGGCUUCAGCCCUUCUAAGAAGGGGCGUGUCCUCUGUUCUCUUCCCUGUAGUCCUUCUCUCGUCCAAAAGGAACCAGUUGGUUGCCACAUUCGGGGCUCCUGACACCUUGGCUGAGCCUCAGUGGUAGUGUUUCACCUGUUGCUUCUGUCCUUGCCUCUGGCCAUCUCCACCCGUGCCCCAGGACUGGGCCAUAAUGGGCCCUUCCCCCAUCUGCCUAGGUGCUCAGAAAGCAUUUGGUGACUUGUUGAGGGGCAUUCUGGAGUGUCUGUGGUUCCUGGAUCCUGCAGCAGCCCCGGUGGGCCGACUAGUAGCCUCCAGGCGCCACGCUGGGCACUGUGCUGCCUGAAGGGAUCUCACACACCACAGAGCAGUGAGGCCCACCUGGCUUGGCUCCUGCGGACACAGAGGCUCCCAGGAUGGCGGUCAGUGCACUAUUUGGGAUCUACAGACAUGACCUUACCGUUUUCCCAACAUUCUACUUGGGCUCCCAGCCUCACAGAGGAGGAGCUGGUGGUAGGUCUUGCUGACGUCCAAGUUGGGCCAGCGUUGGAGGCCAGGUCCAGCCCACUGCGUCUUUGAGCAGCUCCUCCCUCUGGCCCUUGUCUGUCCAGCCCCACCUCUGGGCCUUUUCAGUUGGCAGCGCAGGAGCACACUCCUGUUACUUUGCUAGUUACUUAGCAGUCUCUCAGAGGUUGGCCCCUAUCAGUUCCUGAAAAGCCGGCUUGUUCCCAUUUUGGACCACCCAUAUUCUGCAUGCAUUUGGGACAGUACUGUGUGUGCCCCUCCUGUGGGGUUGGGUCUUUCUCUCUUGCCCAGUGGUAUUCUUAUUGGCUGUUCCUAUGAGAGCGAGGCUGGGAGGGAGUAAUUGCCACCGGCGUGCUGUGCUGUCUGUCAUCAGAUGCACUGCCAGCUGGCCCCUUCUGUGAGCAUGUAUGGCAGGAGUAAAAAGCUCUGCCAGGGUUUCUGAUUUUCCAGUUGUAUCAAUUGGAAUGAACCAAUUCACAGGUGACAUGUUGAGAGCUCUUGUGCUCUCAAAAAGGGCCAGAUUACAACAAGAAUUGCACGGCCUGUGGACUGAUCCAGAGGUCAGGAGAGUUUAAGUUCGUAGUUUAGUUGGGAAGAGCUGCUGAGACUAAAGUGGGAAGGAGAGAGAGAGUUUGGGGGUGUUGGCUGUGGGGAGGAGCACUGCCUGCCCUCCCUGCUUCUUGUUUGCAAGCCUCUCUCGCAGAGGUCCACUGGUGGCAGCCACGCGUGCUCAUGUGCUGAUGGGGAGCUCCAGUCGCUGCCAUGGGCCUUGGGCUUCCUCCUGCUGGGCUGCUGGUGGGCUGCAGGCCGUGCUCUGCCUGCUCCUGGACCCAGGCUGGAGUUUCCGUCGCAUGCUCUGGCGGCUGUGAGUGCACUACAGUUAAGGCCACUCAGAUGGUGGCCACGCUCCAGCUGUGGGCGCUCCUGGGAACAGAUGGGCCCCACUGGUGAGGAAGUGCUUUUGUGCUUUUGCUAAGUGAUGGGCUUAGCAGUGGUAGCUGGGACACAGCAUCUCCUGCCCCUGUGUCAUUCUUCCUCCGAGAAGCAGUGAAUGAGACAAGGAAUGGGGUCCAGGCAGAGGAAGCCUCCUUCACCAGGCAGAGCACGAAACGCCGCAUGGCAUCCACCCACAGGAGGUUCCCCUUGUUUCCUUCCGUCUGUUGUGGGACCAGGCAAGGCAGUGUAGGGCCGGGAGGCUGCACCUUCCAGAGCCAAGAGGAAGGAUUGAGCUGCACUGACUUCUGCUGCUUGCUUAGGGAGACAGGGUGGGAAAUGGGCUGGGUUCUGCCAGGCUCUCUGGGGAACGCAGGCACCACCUCGUGCACUGACUUGUGGCAAAGGCAGUUUGAGUCACAGAGCGGCACCCGCCUAGGAACAGGUAUGAAGUUCGUCAGAAACAGGAAGACUUGCUAUGGCUGAAAAUGGUGUGGCUGGGAUGAAAUCACAGACAGGCAUGCGCCCAGCAAAGCCCUGUUUCACACACCCGCACGCAUGCCCUCAGCGGACACAACCUGCUGUGUGGCUGGCGGGGCAUGGUGACUCAGCCGGGGUUGGCAUUAGAAUGCUCAGCACAUUGAAAGUCUCGUAGACUGCUUGCUUCUGGGUGCCAUCUGUGGUGUGUUUUUGUUUGGAAAGAUAGCUUGCUUGCUAGUGAACACUUGUGAAGUCUUUUGAGCACUUAUAAAGUCUUUUGAGCUAAGUACUUUUUGUAAAUUCUGAUCUAGACCAUUCUGCAUUAAAAAAAGAAAAAAGACAACUUCCACAUCAUUGGUUUUUACAGUGAACUAGUUCUUAUGGGCGCUUUUCUGCUUUGAGCCCACUGAAUGAGUUGGUAUGGGCUGCACCACACGGAUGUGGGGCCACAGGGUGGUCGGGGGCUGGCCAGACAGUGAGGCAGGGUGAGCCUACCCUUGGUGUGCGCUGUUCCCAGGGCCUGGCGGGGAGUGGGCUCCAGUGCCGUUGUCAUUUACCAAGUAGCCUGCAGCUCAGGGUCAGCCUUGGGAGUGGGUCUGUGGGUCUGUGGGUCUCUCUGGCUCUAGGGUCCCUCAAGGGGGAGGCACAGGCACUGCUGAGACCAUUGAAGGUGCUGCCGGGCACAACGCUGCUGCCCUUGUCUGGCUUCAAGGAACUCUUUGUAAGCUGUGCGUUUCCCUGCUGUGGCAGUUCAGAGAGAACGUGUGGGCAGGAUGCCAGCGCCACAGCCUGGUUAUGUCUGGGUGCCCUCCCUCACCUUCACCAAGUAGAGCACUGCCUGGGCUGUGUGUAGUGAGCAGAGCCGGGGCCAGGCUAGCAUACAGCCAUGUUCUGCCACCUUCACAGCUGCAUGGCGAGCCCUGGACCUCCAUUCCCUUCUCAAAUCCUCAGUUUACUUAUCUGUGAAGUAGGAUUCCAAGGAUAAAAAGCUAGAGAGCUUGGCCCGUGGAGGACCCCAACAACAGGUGGUCCUGUGAGAGUCGGGCUGGGGUGGGCCUGCCCUGCCUCGAUGCCCUUAGGUCCCACCAGUGCUGCACCUUGGGAAGUGAAGGGUUUCUUCUUUGACACACAGUUGCACGUGGCCAGCUUAAUUCCCAAGAGAUUAGGGAUUUCGGGUGCAGUGGGAACCCUUGAUGCAUGGAGAAAAGGGAGCAGGGAGCAAGGGGCUUCGCAGACUCUGAAGCUGGUGUCUCAGUUCCUUGUUUCACAUCGGGGCUGGAAAUCCCCCACGGGGCAGUAAUUACUCAGGUCCUGGGGUUUACCUACGUAUCCCCUGAAACAGGGCCAGCAUGAGGCUGGUCAUUGGCAAGUCGCCCCACUGCACAGGCUGGCUCCACCUCUGUACAGGGAUCCAGAGCUGGACCAACGAUCCGAUUCACAGAGCAGCUUUCAGAUGUGUGAUGAGAGCCAGUAACAACAUUUUUUUUCCAACAGUUUGGUUUUAAAGAUGAUUCCACAUGCUCUGUUUUAGGCAGUCUUUCUGAAGACAGUCUGGUCUCUUGGACUCUGGAGAAGCCAGUGGUGUGACUGUGUGUCAGAAGGCAGGCCACAUGGGCAGCGUGGCUGGCUGGCCUUCAGGAGCAGCCUGGGAAGAAGCCCUGAGCAGCCAGGUCCUGCAUCUCAGCUGUGGUUGCAGGAUCAUGGAUGUGCAAGUGUCUGGCAGGAGCUGGGACUCUGUGCUGACCAGAGGUGGGCAGGCUAUGGAGCACUGUCUGUCCCUUCCCUGGGUUACUGUUGGUUCUUUACCGUGUUUCUGCCCUCCCCGGACAGGGUGCCCUGGCCUGUGCAGUCCCCAUGAGAUGCCCCCAGACACAUGUGUGAGUGCACACGUGAUGGCGUCUGCAGACAGAUCCGGAACAUGGUGGCGGUGCAGGAAGUCAUCUCCAGCCUGGAGAAAUACCCCAUUACCAAAGAGGCACUUGAGGAAACACGACUUGGGAAGCUCAUCAACGAUGUCCGCAAGAAGACGAAGAACGAGGAGCUCGCCAAGCGGGCCAAGAAGCUGCUGCGGAGCUGGCAGAAGCUCAUCGAGCCCGUGCACCAGAAUGAGGCAGCGCUGCGGGGGCUGGCGGGCGGCCCCGGCUCUGCCAACGGGGGUGCACACAACUGCCGGCCGGAGGCGGGGACGGCUGGCACACCCAAGACCAUCCAUGACCUGAAGAACCGCAAUGACAUCCAGAGGCUGCCUGGGCCGCGGCUGGACAGGGUGGGCAGCCGCAAGCGCCGGGGGGACCAGCGUGACCUUGGCCACCCUGGGCCGCCUCCUAAGGUCUCUAAAGUGAGCCACGACUCCCUGGUACCCAACUCAUCCCCCCUCCCCACCAACGGGCUCAGUGGGAGCCCCGAGAGCUUCCCUGGGCCCCUGGACGGCAGUGGGCACAUGGGCCCCGAGGGCAGCCGCCUGGAGUCUGGGGAGAUGGACAAGCACAGCGGCAAGAUCCCCAUCAACGCCGUGAGGCCGCACACCAGCUCCCCGGGCCUGGGCAAGCCCCCCGGGCCCUGCUUGCAGACCAAGGCUGCAGUGCUGCAGCAGCUGGACAGGGUGGAUGAGACUCCGGGCCCCCCCCACCCCAAGGGGCCGCCUCGCUGUUCCUUCAGCCCCCGGAACUCACGGCAUGAGGGCCCCUUUGCCCAGCAGCGGAGCCCGUACACACCCAGGGGCUCCGUGCCCAGCCCCUCACCGCGGCCCCCAGCACUCGAUGCCACACAGGUGCCGUCACCGCUUCCACUGGCCCAGCCAUCAACGCCCCCCGUGCGGCGGCUCGAGCUGCUGCCCAGUGCGGAGAGCCCAGUGCGCUGGCUGGAGCAGCCUGACGGCCACCAGCGGCUCACAGGGCCCGGCUGUAAGGCUGGGCUGCCCCCAGCUGAGCCCCUCCUGCCCCGGGCGGGCUUCUCUCCGGACUCCUCCAAGGCGGACAGUGACGCUGCCUCCUCCGGCGGCUCGGACAGCAAAAAGAAGAAGAGGUACCGGCCUCGAGACUACACGGUUAACUUGGACGGGCAGGUAGCCGAGGUAGGUGUCAAGCCUGUCCGGUUAAAAGAGCGGAAGCUCACCUUUGACCCCAUGACAAGACAGAUCAAACCUCUGACCCAGAAAGAGCCAGUGCAGGCUGACAGCCCUGUGCACAUGGAGCAGCCCAGGACAGAGCUGGACAAGCCCGAGGCCAAGGCCAGCCUCCAGAGUCCUUUCGAACAGACGAACUGGAAGGAGCUGUCACGCAACGAGAUCAUCCAGUCCUACCUGAGCCGGCAGAGCAGCCUGCUCUCGUCGUCGGGCGCGCAGACCCCGGGGGCUCACCACUUCAUGUCCGAGUACCUGAAGCAGGAGGAGAGCAGCCGGCGUGGGGCCAGGAAGCCGCACGUGCUGGUGCCUCAUGGCCCGCCCGUGGACCUCCCGGGGCUGACCCGUGAGGUCAUGCAGGACGAUCUGGACAGAAUCCAGGCCCACCAGUGGCCGGGGGUGAACGGGUGUCAGGACACACAGGGUAACUGGUAUGACUGGACGCAGUGCAUAUCGCUCGACCCGCAUGGCGACGACGGGCGGUUGAACAUUCUGCCUUAUGUCUGCUUGGACUGACCGCCCGUCGGCCUCUAAGUGCAUUCCCACCUCACAGUGGGUGGGCGGGGCCCAGGGCCCAGCCACCUCCAGGGGUUGGGAGUCUGGGACUCUGGCCCGGGGCGGGCGGGAGGAGGCGGGAGUCUCAAGGUCUCUCUGCUCUGCCCUCAAGAUUCUCCUUCUUUUGUGAAAUGCUGCUACCAGUUUACUAACAAAAUUGCAAAGGAAGGACCGCGUGGAAGGAAGGCCGGCAAAGUGAGUUCAGAACUCUAUAGCAAACCAGCUAUAAAAAGCGUUAGUCCCCACCCCAGAAGAGGUGUGGACGCUUCCCAGCGCCAUAAGCUGGGCCCUCAGUUGCAGGCAGGCACAGAAAUCCUGUGGGAGAGGUUAUCUUUAACACAGCAACCGAAGCACGCAUCUCAUCAAUUUGCAUUUUCUCUUUUUUAAUUUGGCCCUGAGUGUCUGAGGCAGGUGGGCAACGCCGUGGCCUCUGUGUGUAACCCACUCGGCCAGCGUUUCCAUCAUGGUGCCAGAAGCUUCUCAGCUGUAGCAAGCUGCUGGUUUUGGGCGGGCCACCUGGCCGACCAGUUUGACCCACACUCCACGGGCAUCCACACAUUUGUAUCUGGUUCCAGUUAAAACCCAGUUUUUAAAGAAAUGCUGCAAAAAUUUAAGUUUUCUAGAGUUUAUUUCAUCCCUCUCUUCCAUCUGACCACCAGCCAGAUAAUUUUCCUUUCUUUCUACCUGUUCAUUUUCCCCUUCUUGCACAUGUCUAGAAAAUUUCACCUUUCUAGAAUCCCUUCCCAAAAGACACAAAAGUAACCGCGGGUGCUACUGGUGUGUAAGCUGUCCUGUUGGGCGCAGAGACCUGUGUGUACGCUGGAAACACUCAUAACCAUUCCUUUAGAUUCGUUUGCCUUAUGGUUAUUGUCAUAAACGCGAUUUGCAAAAACAAGGAGCCUUAGUGAAUGUACAGUACCUAGACUUCUGUGUUCUCAGGACACAGAAGGGAGCAACUUUGCUAUUUGGUCCAGUAAGUGGACACCUUGUGAUAUAAAUGUGGAAAUAAAAAAAAACCAUUUGCACAAACCA